AUGUUAUUUUUCCCACCUGAGAUCCCCCGAGCGAGAAAUAAACACAAGAACACUGUGUCCCCCCAACCCUCGUCGUGUAAAAAGCGGAAGUCCUCCGUUCACGCCAUGUCCAAAUUCGAAAAAAUAGAGUACUCCCAAAAAUUAACCAAAAUAAAAUACUAUGAUUCUAACAGCAGUAUUGAUAAGAAGUACUUGUACAAAUAUGUGGCGAAGCCGUCGUUGCAGGAUCUCCUAGUGACAGUGACGAUACAAAAAGAUGUAGAACCAGACAACGUGUUAUUUUUCCCCAAGGGGAAAACCUACCUUAAAAUAACAGGAGAUUGGUCACAGUACCCAAAGGAAAAAAACGACACGAUAUGUUUAGCAUUCGUAUUGAAGAAAGACAUAGUAAAAAAUAAAAAGGAAAAGUGUCCCAGUGAUAUUUUUUCUUCAGAAAAUGUAUACAAAGUUUGUUACAAGGAAAAUAAUUACUCUAUUCGAAAUUUAUUUUUAUAUAUAGAAAUAUCACAGGCCUAUUUAGACAAGCUUUUUAAAUCAUUCAAUAUCCCAGUGGUAGUUAAUACAGAAAAUUCAAUUGUGUAUUUUACUAAUAAUAAAAAGAAGUCCAAGGAUGAAAAACCGCCAUUAGAUUUACACAUAUGCUACAAGUCAAUUGAAGAAAAACCAUAUUACUUGGGUAAAGUUAUUUUUAAUUCUUACCCAAUGAACAUAGAGAGAAGAAUUAAUGAUUACGAAGUUAUUUAUACAAAAUCAUUUUUAACAUCCAAUUGGGAAUACCAAAUGGUUAUUAAAGGGGAGUAUAUAACCUCUUACAAUCGAGUCAUUUUUGUGAGGUUUGUUCGAGAUGUGGAUGAUAAGGAGAAGAAGUGUCCGCCCUUUUGGAACUAUGCCAUUCUUGGUGCAGGUGCAUUGAACAAAAUGAAAAAAACGGAUAAAUCAAAUUUGACGAAGAAUGUUGUACAGUAUUUUUUUUCCAGUGAUGAUAAUAUUUCUGCAACCACUUAUUACAUUCCUUUUAUAAAAAGCGAUGACUUACAAACGAAUGAAAAUUAUCUUAUUUGUUUAUACUCGGAUGAAAAUGAUUUUCAGGGUAUGGAACUUACAAAUGUUCAUUUUUAUAUUAAUACAACUGAUUCGAUCAUUUUGAUAUUCCUCAUUAUAUUUGUUAUUGUCUUUUUGCCCCUCCUUCUUUCGCUAACCUACCUCUGCGUUCUGUUCAAGAUGAAUGCGCUCAAGGUCAAGAUGCAGAAGCUGCAGCUACUAAACAGGAAGGACGAAAUUGAGGACCGGCUCAAGCGAGAGUUGAACCUCGACCAAUAUGAGUGCAUUUAG